CAGAGGUAGUCUUGUGCCUGCGUUUCUGUCGGAGGCGUCCGAAGGAACCGAUUCCGCCUCCUUCGAACUGACACUUUUGAAGAGAAAUAUAUUGAGAGCCGGCUGACGAUGGCUUCCCGUUUUUUCUGGUUCCUGGGUUCCCUGUUGGCGCUCCUCUUCUGCCACGGUGCCGCCAACACUGAUGACGUCCAGAUACUGCAAGAAAUGAAGGAAAAAGUGGAAGAAUAUUUCCCCGAAAGGAAUGGAGGAAGAAGGAAUCAGUUCGCUGUUCUGCAUCUACCAGGAAAGGACGUCCGAGACUGCCAUGAAAUACGAUUCAACAAUCCCACAGGAGUUGAUGGUCACUGUAAUUUUGCCUCGGUGUUUCACACAAUCUAUCACAGUGAGUGGCAGCUGAUCCACACGGCACUGGAGCCCAUGCUGGAAGAAUGGAAGGCAGGAAAUGCCAGGAUGAAAAGAGGGUACGGAACGAAAGGAGCUGAUAAUAAGAAAAAAGGAGGCCAAGCGAAGAGGCGUAACUCCGGAAACACCUAUAAAGGCCAACUGCCCCGAGGCACUCUAUCUCUACACCCGCCUCGCUCCGGACUAUGACUGUAGAAAGAGGUAUUCUGGCUACACGUGCACGCAGGCGAUUGUCACCACCAUCCCAGAAAUCCUCAAGAAUGGGGGUUGUGAAGCUACAAGGAUCGUCGUGGGAUUUUCUAAGGUAAAUAAGACAUACAAAAUAGAGGCAUGUGAAGGUUACCAGUGCAUGAAGGAAAACAACGUAGAAGAGUAUCAUCUGGAGGAAGAAAUGGAAGAUACCUGCAGAGGUGUGAUUUUUUUGAAGCCCACUAAUUGCACCUACAUAAUAAAUAGGGCCUUGCCGUGAGGGAGAACUCGCGUGGCAUUCCUGUGCUGCAACAAGAAGCUCAGUGGUCACAGCAAGGCAAGCGAUGCAAGAUGGAUUUUGCUCGGAAAGUGGACCCGGAAUGUGUCGGUCCGCAGGCUGUGUUGAUCAAGCUUGGGACUGGAUUUGAUCUUAUGGUUUCACUCAUAUUCUGUGCUGUUUCUUGCUGAAGAUAAAUUAAAGGUUGCUGAUUCUUUACUAGCAUUACAUUUAUAAUGAAAC